GGCGUCACUACUCGCCCGAAUCCAGUCCCUCUCCUCGACCAAUCACGGCCCGAUCUCCCCCACUUCCCCUCUCCGCGCUCUCGUAAAUUUCCAGUUCAGCAAACGACGAGCUAGAAAGUAGUCGGAGAAACGCUGUUUAUUUAUGUCAUUUCAGGGCAUAUACUGAAAACUCAUCGCACCAAUCGAUCAGCAGCAGCGGUUUUGUCUUGCAUUAUCAAGUGGAUGCACCACUUUCGAUAACCACAGGAAGAACCUUUGCCAUUUUAUUUCUUCGUAGCCAUCACCUGUCUUGGUGUUGUUUUUUUAAAUCAUUUUGAUUCGGGCUAUAGCAUAGCCGCAUCAACCAAAAGCUUCUCAUGAUGAUGACGGAAACUCACUUGAACAGUACAAACCACACACUGAGCAAAAUGGAUUCCGAAAAGAUGGAUGACCUUGGAUGGAAAUCAAAGCUCAAGAUUCCUCCUAAGGAUAAAAGAAUUAAGACUAGUGACGUAACUGACACAAGAGGCAACGAGUUUGAAGAGUUUUGUUUGAAGCGAGAGCUGCUGAUGGGUAUCUUUGAAAAAGGUUGGGAAAAACCCUCCCCUAUCCAAGAAGCCAGCAUACCCAUUGCACUGACUGGCAAAGAUGUCCUCGCCAGGGCCAAGAACGGCACGGGAAAGACCGGUGCUUAUUGCAUCCCGGUUCUGGAAAAUAUCGACCCUAAAAAGGAGGUUAUCCAAGCCCUUGUGAUUGUGCCAACGCGUGAGUUGGCUCUUCAGACUAGUCAGAUUUGUAUUGAGCUUGCUAAACACAUGAAUAUUAAGGUCAUGGUCACAACCGGUGGUACGAAUUUGCGUGAUGACAUCAUGAGAAUCUUCCAGAAAGUACAAGUGGUCAUUGCAACACCAGGGCGCAUUUUGGAUCUGAUGGAGAAAAAGGUGGCAAACAUGGACAAUUGCAGAGUCCUCGUUUUAGAUGAGGCUGACAAGCUGCUGUCGCAAGACUUCAAAGGAAUGCUUGAUACGGUUAUUGCAAAGUUGCCCAAAGAAAGACAGAUCCUUUUGUACUCGGCAACUUUCCCACUCACUGUCAAGAACUUCAUGGAUAAGCACCUGAAGAGCCCCUACGAGAUCAACCUGAUGGAGGAGUUGACACUAAAAGGAGUCACUCAGUACUAUGCAUUUGUCCAGGAAAGACAAAAAGUUCACUGUCUCAACACUUUGUUCUCCAAACUGCAAAUCAACCAGAGUAUAAUCUUCUGCAACUCGACACAACGAGUGGAGCUUCUUGCCAAAAAGAUUACGGAGCUCGGUUAUUGUUGUUACUACAUCCAUGCCAAGAUGGCACAAGCGCAUCGCAACAGGGUGUUCCAUGACUUCCGUGCUGGACUGUGCAGAAAUUUGGUGUGCUCAGAUCUUUUUACUCGAGGCAUUGACGUGCAAGCAGUCAAUGUUGUGAUCAACUUUGAUUUCCCCAAGAUGGCUGAGACGUACCUGCACAGGAUUGGCCGCUCUGGUAGAUUCGGCCACCUUGGUAUUGCCAUCAAUCUCAUCACAUAUGAGGACCGCUUUGCUCUGCACAGAAUCGAACAAGAACUUGGCACGGAGAUCAAGCCCAUACCUAAGGUUAUUGAUCCCUCUCUGUAUGUGGCCAAGUUCGACUUUGGGGAAAACGAAGAAGGCACCACUACCAAUGCUAGUUCAUAAGAGACGGGCAGCAACCUUCCACAAACAUCUACGAAACCUACCAAUCAUACACUCUGGAUAAGUUAAAAAGUCCAACUCUGUUAUUCAAAGAGAAAAGAUACGGAUACUGCAAUAGGUGUACAUACUUCAGUAUUUGACGGAACACGAUUCACUAAAACAAUUCAAAAUGACGAUACUUAACCGUUCAAGCCACAAAACUCUUGUCAUGAUGAAAUCAGAUGGAAAAAUUUUUAUACACGCUAAACAAACCCACACAUUUAAUUUUAUACAUUGUCCGCAGAGAGGGCUUAAAAAAUGAAAACAUUCAAAUUGCUGCUGUGGCUUGUUAAUGGUACAACUUAGACUGUCUCUCAUUGCACCAACUGCAAUCUCACGCUUCAAUUUCAUGGUCAAGUUGUCGUGGGAUGGAUGCAGUCGAGCAACGUGUUAAAUAUAAGAAGCGAAUGAAUUUGGCUCGUGCUAUUGCUGUUGGUGCAAAGAAUUGUAAAACUGGUAGUUUUGUAAAUUUAUUUUUAUAUAUAAAAAAAGGACAGCAACUCUUUGCAAAUAGUAGAUGGAGAAAAACUGCGGGGUUUUGAGAAUGAUUUGACACGUAUUUAUUAUUUUGCAUUUCGAAACAAACAUCUCGAACUUAGUCCUUGGAUCUCCACUUAAAUAUAUGCCAUUUGUUCUCCGCAUCACUGGCAGUGUUCUGUUCUCGAUAAGGAAUUGCUGUCCUUUUCAAAGAGUGUAUUUAAUAUACAAAAUGUCUUUCUCCCAAUGAGUGAACCAGCAAGUGUUAAAAAAUGAAUGAUAAAAAACGUGUUGACGUGCAAAACGCACUUCUUGGGACAGUGAUAGCGGACUGUUACCAGUCGCGGAGCUGCAGCCAGCCAGAAAACAAACGUGGAUUUGCCUUCCAAGCAGCUCUAAGCUAACGAAGAGAGUGAGAGUGCGUUAAGACUGUCGAUUAUCAAAUGAGGACUCCUGUUUUGUGCAAGGAGAAAAUUCAUCGGGCGCGUGUGCAGGGUGAAUGCCGAGUGGGAGAAUGCAAGUUAAAAAAUUUACCAUGUGAUUGAACGGAGCGACCAAUGUUAGAUCCGGGUCUCAAGCUACCCUUGAAAUCCAACCAGGGAGCUAGUCAUGGGUCCAUUGAAAUUCCAGACGGGGAAAAUAUCGAGGUGCUCAUGUGAAGUGAUUGUUAAAGUUGCUGGUGACAGCACGAGGGAGGCAUCAGUACCUGUAAUUUCUCAAACAGAGAUCCAAGGCAAAAAUCAAUUAUUCAAGUAUCCACUUGAUACAAAAGAAAAAAAACUAAGCAGACGAAGAAUUUUAAAAAUCAGUUUAUUGGCUGACAUUAUUGCUUUUUCUUUACCGGCCUAAAUGUUGCGCUGGAACAAAAUUUGAUCGUGUGUGUGGCCCUACACGAUUGAAAGUUAAACAUAUUGUAUUUUUUUUUUUUAUUGGAAUUUUCUUAUUAUUCAAAAGUUGUUCGAAAAACACCAAAAAUCAAAAUUAGGGCCA